GCCCUCUGCGCAUGCGUGUUCCGCCACCAUCUUGGUUCCCGGCUUUCUCUGUCUCCUGCAGAGAACACGUUGCGCAGGAGUAGAGAAGGGAGAAGAAAAAGCCACGGACGUACAGUUAUCACGCCGGGGGAACCAAAAGCAGAAGACAACACCAGGUGUGGCUGGAGCCCUAGAACCUCUUUGAAACAGCAGUCUGCCUGGCUAUAUAUAAGUACAGAAAAUGUCAGAGAAACCAACAAGGAUUGCCAUUGUGAACCAUGACAAAUGCAAACCCAAGAAGUGUAGGCAAGAAUGCAAGAAGAGCUGCCCCGUGGUCCGAAUGGGUAAACUUUGUAUAGAGGUUACACCCCAGAGUAAAAUCGUUUGGAUUUCAGAAUCACUUUGCAUAGGUUGCGGUAUCUGCAUUAAGAAAUGUCCUUUUGGAGCUUUGUCUAUCGUCAACUUGCCAAGCAACCUGGAGAAGGAAACGACUCACAGAUACUGCGCCAACUCUUUUAAGCUACACAGAUUACCUAUACCUCGGCCAGGAGAAGUUUUAGGAUUGGUUGGCACAAAUGGUAUUGGUAAAUCAACAGCCCUUAAAAUUUUAGCGGGGAAGCAGAAGCCAAACCUUGGAAAAUAUGAUGCACCUCCAGAUUGGCAGGAAAUCCUUACUUAUUUUAGAGGUUCUGAACUGCAAAACUACUUUACCAAGAUUUUGGAAGAUGACCUUAAAGCCAUUGUUAAACCCCAGUACGUGGACCAAAUCCCCAAAACAGUCAAGGGUACUGUGGGUUCCAUCUUGAGCAGAAAAGAUGACACCAAGACUGAGGAUAUUGUCUGUGAUCAGCUUGAUUUGACUCAUCUAAGAGGCAGAAAUGUGGAAGACCUUUCUGGUGGGGAACUGCAGCGUUUUGCUUGUGCGGUGGUAUGCAUUCAAAAAGCAGACAUUUUUAUGUUUGAUGAGCCGUCCAGUUACUUGGAUGUCAAGCAGCGUUUGAAAGCUGCCAUUACAAUUCGGUCUUUGAUUACCCCUGACAGGUAUAUCAUAGUUGUAGAACAUGACUUGAGUGUGCUGGAUUACCUGUCUGACUUCAUUUGCUGUCUGUAUGGAGUGCCAAGUGCUUAUGGAGUAGUUACCAUGCCUUUCAGUGUUCGGGAAGGUAUUAACAUUUUCCUUGAUGGCUACGUCCCAACAGAAAAUUUGAGGUUUAGGGAAACAUCGUUAGUUUUUAAGGUAGCAGAAACUGCAAAUGAAGAGGAAGUUAAAAAGAUGUGUAGGUACCAAUACCCACGGAUGAAAAAGCAGCUGGGAGACUUCGUCUUGGAGAUUGUGGAAGGAGAGUUCACAGACUCUGAAAUAAUGGUCAUGCUGGGGGAGAAUGGAACUGGCAAGACGACAUUCAUCAGGAUGCUCGCAGGAAGACUUAAGCCUGAUGAAGGAGGAGAGGUUCCAGUCCUCAAUGUCAGCUAUAAACCACAGAAGAUCAGCCCAAAGUUUAAAGGAAGUGUGCGACAGCUUCUCCACGAGAAGAUCAGAGAUGCAUACACUCACCCACAGUUUGCAACUGAUGUUAUGAAACCACUGCAGAUUGAAAGCAUCAUUGAUCAAGAUGUUCAGAAUCUUUCUGGAGGUGAAUUGCAGCGUGUUGCUCUGGCUCUCUGUCUGGGUAAACCAGCUGAUGUCUAUUUAAUUGAUGAGCCUUCUGCAUAUUUGGAUUCUGAGCAGCGUCUCAUGGCUGCCAGAGUCAUCAAACGUUUUAUCCUUCAUGCUAAGAAGACUGCCUUUGUUGUGGAGCAUGAUUUUAUCAUGGCCACUUACCUAGCAGACAGAGUUAUUGUAUUUGAUGGGAUUCCCUCUCAGAGUACAAUAGCCAACACUCCCCAGACGCUACUUGCUGGAAUGAACAAGUUCUUAGCGCAGCUCGAGAUCACUUUCAGAAGAGAUCCAAACAACUUCAGGCCAAGGAUUAACAAGAUGAACUCUAUCAAGGAUGUGGAACAAAAGAAGAGCGGCAACUAUUUUUUCCUGGAUGAUUAAAAUAAAAAGAAAAGUAACACCAGCAAUUCUACAAGCUUUUUCUUUCUAUAUUAAUAUUCAAAUGUAAGCCUUUUUUCGUAGGCCACAUACCCAAUUAAUGUUGGCUCUUUCAUCCAGCAGGGAGGCCGCUCCUCUGUGAGAAGUGUGGGUGGGGUGUGGAGAAGUAGAGACCCCUAGGGUCCACGACAUGCUUUGACCAAGAAGAUCCAAAAGUAUUUUUUAAAAAAAAACUAUCAAGCUGGUUUCAAAGUGCAUUUCAUUUUUGAUUAUUUUUUUUUAUUUCUGAAUUUGGAAAGACUAAAUAUAAACCUGCUGACAGUUUUCUUAAAUCACAGUGUAUAUUGUCCCCUAUGAAAAAGUCAUCAAGUAAUGUGUUUGUGAAAUGCCAGGUUUCUUAAUGUGGACUUGAUUAAAGCCAAACAUAACCAGACCUUAUUUUAAAGUUAUAUGACGAAUUAAAAAAAAAAUGAAAACCACUUUUUAAGAGGUUUGUGUUCUUUGCGAGUGGAUGGAUUUUGUUCAUUUUGACAAAUGAUUGCUUUGAUGGCUCAGCCUGUCACAAAAUGUAGACACAAUGCUCGAUAUUAGUCUACUGGUUCAUUUUCAACUUGAUUAUCCCAUUCAGGGUUGCAGUGGUCUGGUGUUCCGCUCUGUAGCGUUUUGUACAAAGUGUGAACCAGGGUUUGGAUUUCACUCCCUAUAUUCAUGUGUUAUAAGAAAUGAGAAGUUUCAAGUAAACAUCUUUCCAGGUGGCGGCUCCCAGUGGGAGAAUAUCGAGAUAAAGUGGUUCUCCAAUCUUAAGUUGUGAUGUAACUCUGACCCCUAUACCUCAUUCAAUUAAACUAAAUAAAAGAACAGUCCGUUCCUG